GAUAAUGAAGCACUUUAGCCAUGAGCAUGUACUAAUCCUGAACGAGACGUACAUUUCUAGGGAGGGUGAUGUAUGUCGUGGCUGCAAUGAUAAGAUUUUCUCGUGCAAAUCAUUUGUUUAUAGUUGCAGCCUCAGCGAGAGCAGCAGUAGUGUGGAUAAUGAAUGUCUUCAUUUUUUACUCCACAAAACCUGUGCUGAAUCACCCCCUGAAAUGGAAGUGCAACUCCUCAUAAGCUGUCCUGAAUUUCCUGAAAAACUUUUAAUCGGGUGCGAUUAUAAGUUUCUUCUCCUCCAUUCCAAACCCUUUAGCCAUGUAAAGCCUCCUCUAAAUAACAUUCUCCGGAUGAGGACUCGGUGUGCUAUUUGCGGCAUUGAUUGGAAAUGCUUCUCCUAUUGUUCUAUGGGAGGCAAAUUUAUUGUUUGCCUCAAAUGUGCUAUUCACCUUAUUCACUCUGUAGAGGAUGCCAAGUUUCACCAUCAAUCUCACACUCAACACCCAUUAGUCUUAAUCCAGAAUCCGACCUCAUUUUAUUGUCAUGCUUGCAAAGUAGAGGAUAAUAUCAGAGACAUGUCUUAUAAAUGCACCGAAUGUCAGUUUUGGAUUCACAAGACUUGUGCUGAUGCUCCUGCUUCUUUCCCCUUUCCCUUUCACGAUAAACACCCUCUUUUCCUCCGUUUUUCUCUUCCAAAAGUUUAUCACAAAUUUGAUCAGUACUGCAGACUCUGCUAUGAAACACUCAAUCGAUUGAACUGGCUUUACUACUGUCCAAAAUGCAGAUUCUUCGUUCAUUUUCAAUGUGCUAGAUCAAAUCAAAUGUCGAGGUCUAGUGAAAAUGAUAUAUAUUCCAAUUUGGUGCACCUCCCUGCAACUAACGAAUCAUCAUUAGUUGAAGAAUCUGUCAAGUUGAUGAUAAGUAGUUUGAGCCAUAGUAACAACAGUACCAUCUUAGGCACAAGAAUACUUAUAAGGGAUUGGGCUGACGAUGAACAUAAUCUGCAACUGAUAACGAUUAAUGAGCUACAUGAUGAGAAAGACGAUAUUACUGAAUUGUUAUUGUUAUGUGAUGGUUGUGGGAAACCUAUUCAAACGACUGAUGGCAAGCUUUUCUAUUGUUGUGUGCUUUGUAAGUACUUUCUGCAUAAAGCCUGUGCAGAGUUGCCCAAAGAGAUUGAGCACCACCUUUGGCCAGGAAAGAAGUUCAAUGCAUUGAGAUGCAGUGAACAAGACCAUUCCAUAUGUGAACUCUGUGGAGAUAUCUGCAAUAAUGGUAUAAUAUUUGUCAAUCGCGUUAUAGACAUAAAGCUCCAUCUAGCAUGUGCCAUGCUACCAAAACUGAUCAAGCAUGAAGUUCACCGUCACCAACUUACUCAACAAAUCUGUACACGUUAUAAUUGGUGCAAAGCAUGUGGACAAUUGUUCAUGUACAUUCUACACGGAUGCGAAAAUUGUGAUUUCUACAUAUGUGGAGAAUGUAGUAUGAAGGCAAGAACAAUUGAACACCGCUGGGAUCCGCAUCCCCUUCAUUUGAUAUAUGAUCCCAGCAUGGUCAUAAAUCAUGAGCACGAUUUCAAUUGUGAGUUCUGCUCUGAAGAUAUUGACACAAACUAUUGGUUCUAUCAUUGCGGUGAUUGUGAUCUUUCAUUCCACACGACUUGUGCUAAUACGAGUACCUUAACCCAUAGACAACGUAUUCCCCUGCAUCCGCAUCAUGUUACUUUCUCGCCUACUCUUCCUAAACUUUAUCGUGACUCUCCUGAUGUCUUCUGCCAAUUCUGCUCCGCCAGAGGGAAUAUAUUGCAAUGGGUUUACUACUGUACCGUCUGCACAUAUUUCUGCCAUUUUGACUGUGUUGCACCUCCCUUUGAUAAAAAUUUCAGGCUCGUAGCUUACGUGAAUAAGCUGUGGGAUUCGGAUUCGGACGAGGAAUGAUGGUUGGUGCAUAAGAGCAUCUCCAACAGCCUCUUAGUUGACUCCUAAAUAUAAUAUAUAUAAUGUGGCUAUUAGUAAUUUAGUACAAAGUUAAGAGUGUGAACUCCAACAAUACUGUCUAUAUCUCUUCUCUAUUUCAUAUUUUAUUUCUAUUGGGCUCUAAUGUAACAAUGUUAAGUG